AUUUUGUUCCUGGCGACGAAGAAAGGUGUGUGAUACUUGUUCAAUUCGCGACAAACUAUAAUUUUUAGUAGCGGUUUACUGCUAAAAAACGAACUCUGGUGGCUUGAAAUGCGCGGACGUCUCAUACGGAUUUGCAGCGUUCCACGUAGAUUAGAUUAAGAAAGAGGGGAGCGAGAAAGAGAGAGAUAAAAGCCCUACAGAAGAGAAUUACAUUUUAUAUAGCCUACAUAUUGUAGAAACCCAGAUUUUUGCGGGUUUUAUAAACCCAUUUAAACAUUUUUACUUUUGCAAAAGUGUAUAGAAACGAAAACAAGAUGAUGACCGAGUCGAUUGCUGCUAACAAUCAUGUUAUGCCUGUACAGACGAAGUUGGACAUGGAAAAAGUCGACGACAUUGGUUGGAAGUCCAAACUGAAAAUACCGCCCAAGGACAAAAGGAUAAAAACCAGUGAUGUCACUGAUACGCGAGGCAACGAAUUUGAGGAGUUUUGUUUGAAGAGGGAAUUGUUGAUGGGUAUAUUUGAGAAAGGAUGGGAAAAACCUUCCCCUAUUCAAGAAGCCUCCAUUCCAAUCGCUUUAUCUGGAAAGGAUGUUUUGGCAAGAGCUAAAAACGGAACAGGAAAAACUGGAGCGUAUAGUAUUCCUGUACUGGAACAAAUAGAUCCAAAAAAAGAUUGUAUACAAGCAUUGAUAAUCGUCCCAACAAGAGAAUUAGCAUUACAAACGUCCCAGAUUUGUAUAGAACUCGCAAAACACAUGCACCCUGUCCGAGUGAUGGUAACGACGGGUGGAACAAAUUUACGCGACGAUAUAAUGCGUAUUUACCAAAAAGUUCAGGUGAUAAUAGCAACGCCGGGUCGUAUUUUAGAUUUGAUGGAUAAACAGGUUGCGAAUAUGGAUCAGUGUCGAAUGCUGGUUCUUGAUGAGGCCGAUAAACUCCUCUCGCAAGAUUUUAAGGGAAUGCUCGACCACGUAAUCUCCCGGUUGCCUAAGGAGCGACAAAUCCUUCUCUUUUCGGCGACGUUCCCGCUGACGGUGAAACAAUUUAUGGAGAAGCAUCUGCGCGAUCCGUACGAAAUUAAUUUAAUGGAAGAAUUGACCCUGAAAGGGGUCACCCAGUAUUACGCUUUCGUCCAGGAACGUCAGAAAGUGCACUGCCUGAACACGCUCUUCUCCAAAUUACAAAUCAAUCAGAGCAUCAUUUUUUGCAAUUCGACUCAACGCGUUGAAUUGCUCGCCAAGAAAAUCACAGAACUCGGCUAUUGCUGUUAUUAUAUUCACGCUAAAAUGGCACAGGCUCAUCGUAACAGAGUUUUCCAUGAUUUCAGAGCUGGACUCUGUAGGAAUCUUGUCAGUUCAGAUUUAUUUACCAGAGGUAUUGACGUCCAAGCAGUAAAUGUAGUGAUUAACUUCGAUUUUCCUAAAAUAGCUGAAACGUAUCUUCACAGGAUCGGUAGAUCGGGACGAUUUGGUCAUCUCGGUGUCGCUAUAAAUUUAAUAACCUACGAAGAUCGUUACGGUCUCCAUCGUAUCGAACAAGAAUUGGGAACGGAAAUUAAACCGAUCCCAAAAGUGAUCGAUCCGGCCUUAUACGUGCCGAAAAUCGACGACGACGACAGCAUGGAGAGUAAUCAAGCGCAGUAAAUAAAAACAAUACACGUCGUGUGACGCGGUGAGGUAAUGCUCCAUCGUAAAAAAAAAUUAAUGAAAUAAAAUUGUAAUAAAAAAAUGUUCACCGCGAGUUCAAUCUAAAGAAAAAAAAGAAAAUGGAUCGGUUUCGAGCCGCAUCGAUAAAGACUUUUUGUAAAUAGUAUAUGUAUUUAAACGCAAAAGAAGAAAAAGUGGUGGAAUAAGUCGUAAAAUUUGUUCACAAAUGAAGCGAAAGUGAAAAAUUUUUAUUUAAAAAAAGGUGAUUUUUUUAUUUUCGGAAAAGAGGAAGAAUUUUGUUUUCGUUUAUUGAUUUUGCAUUUUCUUGUUGGAUAUUUUUUUAUUUAAAAAAAAAAAAAAUUAAAAGUAGUAGAAGAACUUUUAAAGGGAAAUUCUACUUUUUUUUGGGAAAAACCGGUUAAAAAAAAUCGAAAUUUUUAUAUUUUUUUCAAAUAAAAUAAGCGAUCCUCAAAAUUCUUCGGUGAGAUCAUUAUUUUUUUUCGCCACUCUUUCAAUUGAUUUUUUUACAUAAAAAUUGUAACUAUCUAAAUGAAAAAAAGAAUCUAAUUUAUCACCUUUUUUUGCUUUUAUUAAAUUUUUUAAUAUUUUUAGAAACGUUUAUGUUACCCAACGUUUCUAAAAGAUGGAUACAAUUUUAAAUAAAAUCAAUUGAAAAAGAUUUAUUGUUGGUAAAUGAGAACUUUGUUGAAUCUCUGUAUAUAAACAACAUUAAUUUAAAGCUAGUCCAUCUGAAUCUCCGUUAUUACAGAGACUUUUCCGAGUUUUCAACGUGAUAAAAUUAGAUCUCACCAAUUUUCAAUUAAUUUUUUUUCACACGCAAUAUAAUUUUAAGUUUACUGUUUAUAAUAACAAUAGUGACAUUAUUAUUAAUAAUGCUGAUGAAGAAGAAAAGUUAAGAUGUGAUUAUUUGUGGAUAAGAGUGAUUCAACGCCUUUUAAUCAGGAGAAAAAAGACUCCAAGUGAUAAUUUUUUGGUGUAACAUCAAAAAAUAAGAAAAGGAUGAAAAGUGAUUAAGCAGAAGAGGGAAGAUAAAUAAAAUGAAGAUGAAGAAAGAUGUCGUGUAUCUUUCUAACCUUUUUUUUUACGGAGAUUCUAUAAAAUGAAUUUUUUUUUGUGUAUCAGCCGACCAAAAAAUAAUUUUAUAACUUACAAAAAAAAUUUUGAGGCUGAAACCAAUCUUCUCAGAAUGUUUCACUCAAAAAUCUGUACGUGUCGAUAUAACAGAGUUAUUUUUUUACAGUUUGAGUGUUGUAACAUUUUGAGAAGGACCUCUGUCACAUUUCGGGAUUUUAUAUUUACAAAAAAUUAACUCGGCGGAGGUUUAAUUUAAUAAUUAACACGAAAUUAAUUAAAACAAAAAUAAUUUCGUUAAUUUUUGGCGAUUUUUUUUCUAAAUUUAAACAAUGAUGAUGCAUAUCAUGAUAAAUUGUUGUAAACCGACAAAAUAGGGAAUACAAUGUCUUUUACUUUGUUUUUUUUUUGUUGUAAUUUCUGGGGAGGGGUGGACCGAAUAAAAUAACGAUUUUUGCAAUCGUUUUGUAAGGUAAUUUAAAUUAAUUGUUUUUAUUUUGACGUAAUUUUUUUUUGGGUAACGAUUCAUCUUACAAAACGAUUUUAAUUUAUUUCCGAACGUUUAUUAUCUGGGUGUCAUGAAUAUUUCUUAAAAAAAAAAUGUUCUUAUAAAAUUUUUCUUCCGAUUUUCCUAUUUUUAAUAUUGUACGCAUUUUUUCUUGGAAAACUACAAUAAUAUUUUUGGCAGAACCAAAUUUGUACGAGAUAUUUGCAGACUUUUAUUGAUUAAAUUGUUUUUUUUUUCCCGUCUUCUUAGCAUUGGUAUAAAUUUUGAAAUUGUUUAUUUACUUAUUGAUUUCAUUUUUGGGUUAUUUAAAAUGUAACGCUAAUUGAUUGUUAAUUUUUCAAUAGUUAAAAGUCUUGGAGGUAUCUCAUUUUGAUAAAGUUAAAAAAAUUAUUAAAUAUAUGCAACAAUCGUU